GGGGGGGAGGUUUCCAUGGAAACCGCCGGGACAACAGACUCGACGCAUGGAGGAACAACGACUCAGCCUGGACAGGGAUGGGGUUCGGAGUUUCCUCCUGAAUGCUGAUUAGCCAUUUACAACUGUAAAGAUGCCGAUAUUGAAGAUACCCAUUGUGCACAGAUUUGGGAUAGUUUCCCAAAAUGAUCACAUAAUACUUGAAGCUACACUUGCAAAAAAGUCAGCAGAAGCCUUGAAAGACUGCUAUUCAACAAACGCUGCUAAAAAACCCCUCUUUGAAGUCACAGAACAAUUUGUGCAGAAGUUUAAGUGUGCAGAAGAAAAAAAUGAGAAGGAACGAAUGAUUGAUAUGGCUAAAAAAAUGCUCACCAGAAAUAAGCGCAAAGUUGGCCUGAGUACACUUGGUUCAGGGGAUCACGUAAAUCUACCAGUAGCUUGGGCAGAGCUAGCUUUGCUGGUUCAAUGUAAAGGGAAAAUUCAAGAAGAGGCUUUGGAUAUUCUCUUGAUUUCUUUGGACCAUGCACCAUUGCAUCCAGACCAAAUUCCAGUUUUAUUCUACCUUGCGGAAUCAAUCUUGUACUGGAUUUGUACGGAUGCAGUGAAGCAAUCAUAUCUCUACACCUGUGAAGUCAAGAUAACAAAGGUUGGAUUUAUCACAUUUCUAAGAUUGUUUAUCUUUCACCUUGCUGGAUUUAUAAGACCUUUUGAACAAUGUAAAUGUCGUCUUCGUAAUUACUUAAAAGGUCUCCCAGAGUGUGAACCUUGUUAUCGAUCCUAUCCGAGUGUUCUGCUGGAUAUUCACUUCAUCAUUAGCUCAGGAGAAAUCAUCUGUGGCUCUCAGAUACCAACUGAAGAACAUGCUCAUGAGAGUAGUGUUUCAAAUGAGGAACCAAACAAAAAUGCCUGUGGACAGCAAAUAGAUGAGCCCACACUGAAAACAUGUAACAUCAGCCCAGUGCUAAGAGAAUGCCUUAUGGUUUGGAUUUGCGUGAAGCAUAAUAUUCAAAUCAUAGAUGAUGUUCUGAAAAAUCUUUUCCUAAAGGAACAACUCUGUAAGGCAAACUGGAUUGAUUCUGCACUUGGUUUACUACUCCUUGGUGAAAGUGCCAAAAUAAACAUGGCUUGUUUGAAAGCUUUGAAAGAGCUGGGUAUAAAUCUUGUAACACAUUUCAGUGUUCCCAACUUAAAGGAGGAAAAUGUGAGUCCAGAUAUACAUGUUUGGCCUUUGCAGCUAAAUCAGCUAUACUGUUGUAUAUUGGGGGACAUCUGCCUCCAUGGCAGUACGCCAGAAAUCCAAAAAGCUGCUCUAACCGGGAGCGAGGUUCCAUCAAAGUCAACCAACAGGACCAAUAAACCAGGAUUAAUUGAACUGCUACAAAUCCGGUUGGCAGCAACAGCAGAAGAUGAUCACAGCUGGUGGGUUCGCUAUGGAGCAUCAUACAGUUUGGGAAAAAUCUGUCAUCUUCUUUAUGGUGACAGAAAUCGAGAAGGCAUAAGGAAUGCUGCUUGGAAAGCUCUACAGAAACAUCAAACCGUGGAGCAAGACACUCGAGUGCUUGCAGCCAUUAAAGUAGCUGAGGCAGAAUUAAAUGGUCCAAUAAAUCCUUUCAUUAAUGCAAACCCUAAGACUUCAUCUCUCAAGCAAUCGGUAUCAUUUUGCACUCUGGGUUGGCGAAUUGCAAGUGUUUUGUCUCAGCUUUGCCUGCCUCCAGUGGUUCCUUACAUUCCUUUGCCUCGAUUGUUGCCACAAAGACCCACUCGUUCCAGACCUCCACUUAAGAGAAAAGAGAAUGUCAACAAAAGAAUUGUACGUCUUCCCCUCAGCCAAGAAAUAAUGUUGGCACAAGCUGGUAAACAUUCAUUACCCGAUUUCAAUACUCGCACAGACUUUGAUCUGCGAAGGAUUGUGGAAGAUCAGUGGAGAAAAUACCUCUGUAAUAAAUUGGAAGAAGGAGAAAGGAACAGGCAGCUACAAUUACAAGAAAACCAUCAACUUUAUGUAGAGGGAAUAGACACUUGAAACUAACAUCAACUGCAAAUUCUUGUUUGAUGGAAAAUCUCAAGGCAUCAAUGUGUGUCCUUGCUAUCAUCACUUUGUUAGACGAGGGAACAGUGUCAUGAAAUGAAAUGCUUAUUCUCGCCCUCCAUUUUUUUCUGACAUUCUGAUAGAAUUCAUUAAAACAAAGAAGCAACUGGAACGUUUGGAAAUCCAAUUAACAUUAGUACUCACAUGCUCUGAAAACUCCUGUAUUCUUUUGAAAGAAUAUAUUCUUAAACCCUAACAAUAAAAUGUUAUGUUACUAAUCUGGAACAAUGAUAAUCAAUGUGAUUAAU